AUGAAUCAAAAAGUGCAGAAACCGGAGACACCACGCGGUUCAGCUGAACUUAUUCAUGAAGGGCGAGCAAUACCUCUCAGCGCUAAACAAUUAAAUGAUGCUCCAAUAAUCGGUGAACGAAGCUUCGGCACAGUACAUGAUAUUGAUCUCAGAGACUCGUCGAAUCUUCACAUAGUAGCUAAGCAUAUCAAGUGCUUCAAAGAUGAAAAUGGAGUCUUAUCAGCAGUAACAGAAAUGAAAACAAUGGAAAAACUUCACCCCUGCAAAUCGCCAAAUAUUGUUCCCUCGACUGUAGAGAGGGUCAUAUGA